AUGCGCAACUUCAAUGUGCCUCGUGCAGAUAAGAACAAGGUGCUACCACAUGGCGUACCAGAGAUGGUCUACUCAAAACCGGAGUCCUUUGGUGUGCUUGACUUCAAGAUACCUGUAAGCUCUGAUUUAGUCGACCAAGCUGAGCAGGAUCAUGCUCCUCCUGGACAUGAAGUGCAGGAGUUGGUUCUGCCAAUCUUUGCUGCCCUUGUACAUGAGCUUUACACAAAGCUAGGCAAUCCUCCAGUCACCUCUGCAUCGUUCUGGGAUGUAUACAAGACCAUGCUCUGGGAAUUUCGCAACACACCUACCUCCCUGUCCCAUUCAAUUGCUUCUGUCCUUACUGCAUUCGACGCUUCAAAGCAUGUUGCUCCUCCUGAUCCAGAGAACCCUCUGUCAGAGAACAUUGUCCCAUUGUUGCCUGGACUAAAGAAGCUUCGAGCAGGAGACAACAUGGUAGGAGAGCUGCCAGAGGGCUUCAUGUACAUUGGGGGCCUCUCAAAGCCAAUCAUCCCUCCUAGUAUUGCAGAGGCGGCAGCAAAAUUCACUAUGGUGGCGCAGAAGGGCAAAACUAAGGGGUCAAAACAGGGGUCAAACAGUCGAACGAGUGCAAGCAGUCACAGUAUAGCUUCAGAAUACUCCAAGGCUUCAUUUCAUGCUGAUUUUACACCUUCCAAUAGUGAUGGCUCUAGCGAUGAGCUUGCCUUUUAG